UGCAGUUUCUUUUCAAGUACUAUUUAAAUACUUAGACUGAACUACUGAAGUAAGCAAGCAUCCACAAACUAUGAUGACCCAUCCUGAUAAUUCCAUACAGAAAGGCCCUCCACUUUUGCCUCCAGAAUUUUUUCUAAAAUCUCCUUCCCUUGGAAUUUGUCGCAUGUAAGGGUUGCCUAACUACCCGGUUAUAUAUUCGUCUUCCAUUGCGAAAGAAACGGGGACGGAGGGGAGGAAGGCCUGCUUCACCUCGUUUCAGGUUCAUGCGUUCCGCGUGUUACUGAGAGCGUAGUGCGUGAUUUCAGAAAUGAGGAUGUUACCAUGGCCCCUGAGAUCUGCUGCCCUCUUUGCUCUCAUCUUCUUCGCCGUGCUGUUUUCUACUACGUUCGCAGGGAGACAGUGCUGUUUCUUGACAUAUCAAGAUGCCCUACGUCAACAAAGAGAGGUAUGGAGCAGGAAGAACAUACUGGCAUUCCAAAACAAUCCUUUCUUCUCCCCAAUAGCAGAGGCUGAACAGAAGGAAGCAGUGCCUCGGGUGCAUCCUCGGAUGCUCAACGUCAAGACGAAUGAUUACGGCAGCUAUGACCCUUCUCCGUCCAUGGAUAAGCCGCACUUCAAGCUCAUACCCAAUUGAUCAAUUUACUGAUCGCUCGUGCAUCCAGGUUGCAGCAAUGGAGUGGAGGAGGAAUAUAUCUGCUUAGAUGCGGGCCUGAUAUUUAGAUCGAUAGAGAGGUAUUCCUAGGCUUGCUAAAAUGAAUGGCAUUUAGUUGCUUCAUAUAAAUGUGACAUAGAUAUUGCUUCUGUUAUGCUAAGUCACAAUGAGUUCUCAACGUUUCGGUUGAACUUAUCAUAUAUUGUACUUAAAGCAUAAAGCAUACAUAUAUGCAAGUAAUUCGCCAUGGCACAUGUUAUUCUU